CAACUUUUUCCACCAUCCAGCCCUACCUCGGCGCUUUUCCCGCACACUGCCUCGACUAAUGCGAUCAAAUUUAGCGCACAAGCUUAACAACAGUUCGUCUGACCGAGCAGGGUGUGUGUUUCUCUCAGUUUGACCCGUAAUCCGCCUGAAAGCCGCGCAGACUUCCUGUCCUCUCUCGAAAACCGUGUACUGUCCCUUUAAUUCGAAGGGGCCGCGCAGUCGGAGCUAUCGUUCACAGGCUGGAGCGCCGCUCACUCAAGAUCCAUUCAUAAAUAAGACAUCGUGUGGAAAAAGGGAGCUCAAACAGCAUCUGAUUUUUCAUUCAGCUGGUCCGGUGUAUGUGCGAGGGUCGAGCAGGAGCCGGACAUGUUAGCCCGGGUCGGGGACUGUGUAUCGGGGGCACGGCUGAGAGAGCAGGACUGACUUCCCAUGGCUGACCCCCCUGCUGAAGGUUUUGACUUUAUGUGUGAGCCGUCAGGAGGAAGCUUGAUCCAGCUCAGAGCAUUUGUCAAACCCAGAGAAAUGCUCGUGUUUUCUACGUGCUUCCGCCUCACACAAACCACCCUCGAUUAAAACACCCCUGCCGCUUCCAUCUUAAUUUAUUUUUAAUUAUUUUUUAAAUAAAUGACAAUACGCCAGAGGAGCAGAGGACCUGACACGCCGAUGGAGCAGUGAGUUAUGGCAGCUAAAGAGGAACUGUAUGCCAAAGUGACGCCGAGGAGGCAGCGCCAGAGCCGGCCGAGCACCGUCAAACAUGGGUCCACUCUGGACGUGCUGCUGUCCAUGGGCUUCCCCAAGACCAGGGCCCUGAAAGCUCUGGUUUCAACAGGAGGGAAGAACGUGCAGGCAGCGUGUGACUGGCUCUUCUCCCACGUGGACGACCCGUUCUUGGACGACCCUCUGCCCAGAGAGUAUGUGUUGUACCUGCGGCCCAGCGGACCGCUGCUCCAGCAGCUCUCGCACUUCUGGCAGCAGUCCCGCCUCUCCUGUGGCAAGAACAAGGCGCACAACAUCUUCCCCCACAUCACCCUCUGCCAGUUCUUCAUGUGUGCCGAUGGGAAGGUGGAGGCUCUGGCCGACGCUCUCCAGACCACUGUAGCCAAGUGGAAGGGCCGUAUCCCCAUGCCCCUCCCGCUGGAGCUCUACACCUCCUCCACCUUCAUCGGCCUUUUUGUAGAGGAGCAGAUGGCAGAAGUGCUGAAGACUUUCGCUUCCGAUUUUGCAACCGAAGCAGCAGCAAAAGCAGAUGUUCAUGUCGAGCCUCAUAAGAAACAACUUCAUGUCACUUUGGCGUACCACUUCCAAGCCAGUCACCUUCCAGUUUUGGAGAAGUUGGCCAAAACCGUGGACGUGUCUUCCGGCUGUGACUGGUUGGCUGUGCUCUUCUCCAGAGACAUUCGGUUCGCCAAUCAUGAGACGCUGCAGGUCAUGUACCCAUAUGCGCCUCAGAAUGACGAUGAGCUGGAGCUGGCACCGGGAGACUUCAUCUUCAUGUCUCCGGUGGAGCAGAGCAGCGCCAGUGAAGGCUGGGUGUACGGCACCUCGCUGGGCACGGGGCUGUCGGGCCUGCUGCCCGAGAACUACGUCAACCGCGCUGAUGAGUCCGAUACCUGGGUCGUCCACGGGUCUCACUCUAUGCUCACCUGUGCCUCUCCGUCUAACUCUGGCAACGCCGUGGCUGGCUUGUUAUUUGACGGACAGCUGAAUGAGACUCUGCUGGACAGUCUCGUGGAUCCUCACAGCCUCACCGGCCUCUGUCCUCCUAUGCAGGUGUCGAGGCCAACCAGUCAGUCCUCCCUGUCCAAGAUGAGGCUGUUUGUGUGUCGCCACGGGGAGAGGAUGGACGUGGUGUUUGGGAAACACUGGAUCACUCAGUGCUUCGACUCCAAAGGCCGAUACAUUCGCUCAAAUCUCAACAUGCCAUCCAGUCUGCCAGCUAGAAGCGGAGGUUACCGUGACUACGAUAAGGAUUGUCCAAUUACUGUGUUUGGCUCCACCCAGGCUCGUCUCGUAGGUGAAGCCCUGUUGGAAAGCCACACAACAAUAGACUUUGUUUACUGCUCUCCUUCCCUGCGCUGCGUCCAGACUGCUCAGCACAUUCUGCAGGGGCUCCAGCAGGAGGGAAAGACAAAAAUCCGUGUGGAGCCUGGCUUGUUUGAAUGGACCAAGUGGGUCUCAGGCACAUGUUUACCUGUGUGGAUCCCUCCAGCUGAGCUGGCUGCUGCUAAUCUGAGUGUGGACACAACAUACAGACCUCAUAUUCCCAUAAGUAAACUGUCGGUGUCUGAGAGCUAUGACACCUACAUCAGCAGGAGCUUCCAAGUAACCAGAGAGAUCCUGGCAGACAGCAAAAACCAUGGAAACACGGUCCUGAUUGUGGCCCAUGCUUCCUCCCUGGAGGCUUGCACUCGUCAGAUACAAGGCCUCAGCCCCCAGAACUCCAAGGACUUUGUCCAAGUUGUCCGAAAGAUUCCUUACUUGGGCUUUUGUGCCUGUGAAGAACUGGGAGAGACCGGGGUGUGGCAGCUGAUCGACCCACCCAUCCUGCCUCUGACACAUGGACCCAAUCACAGUUUCAACUGGAGGGAAUUGCUAAUGCAAGACUGAAGGAUAUGCUUUUUUUUUUUUUUUUAGCUCUUUGUUUUUUGGCAGCUCUGAACUGCUGAAAAAAUAUUUAUUUUUAACUUGCUCUUCUGCUAAAAACAAAAAAAAAAUCCAGCCCAACUACCAAAAAACAAAAAAACAUGUCUGGCUUCCGUCAAAAAGACAUCAUGCAAAAAGAAAAUUUGCAUUCAUUGAAGCAAAUGCAUUCAGACACACUGCUCAGGAAUGAGAAAAUAUAGUUUGUGUGGUAGCAAAAAUGACUUAAAGAGUGGAGGGCAGGUUGUUGCUUCAUCAUCUUUGUCCGAAAUGUGGAGGUGCUACAAGAAAUGUGGAGACUUCUUGACGGUUGCCGGUGAAUCAGGUGUCGUUAUCUGAGGCGGUUUGUGUUCUGCUGCCUUCUCACACACUGUGACAAGAAUCAGAUGAGAAAGAUUCAGAAA